AUGGCUAGCCACAGACUUUCCCCUCCAAUCGAGGUCACAUCGCGCCCGCGGCAGCCUUCGCCAGCCGGGAGUUUCAUGGAUGUGGGCAAAGGUAAUUGGAGGGCUCUAUCCACUGGUGAAGCAGUCGCUUGGAACCUUCGAUAUGAGCCCACUCCAGUCCACUUGACCCCAGAAGGACUAGAUGCAGAUCUGGACAUAGCAGCGCACUCUGGCAUUGGAUACAUGGCAAGCAGCCUAAAGCAGGGGAUAGCACGAGCCUCGGGGAAUAAUGUGAACCCGUCGUCGAAUAACAGGCACUGCCAGGCAGUAAUAUCGGUCGGCCGGAGUCCGUGGCGCAAUCCUCCCUGCACUAACGUUGAACCCAUGCCGCGCGAGCUUGGCGCAGACAAGCAACCACGCCCAGAGAUGCCCAGAGUAUCGAUAUAG